AUGGCAGAGGCUCUACAGCGACUGAUUUUGGAUUCUCUUCAGUCAGGAGAUUUUAUAAACGAUACCAGGUCCUUGAUCCUACCGGACAAAGGACAGCCAGCAGAAUGUCUCGAAGAUCAAAUCACCAUCUUGGGCGCCCUCAACUCCCUCUCCAGCCGUGAGAUGGUCAAAUAUGACACUCAUGAUGUUUCCUCUCAUGUCUUGACACCCGAAGGUGCUCAGAUCGUAAAGGAUGGCUCUCAUGAAGCACGAGUCUGGUCCGCCCUUUCGCUCAAAGGUCAAGGGGCCCCCAUUACGCCAGUACAACUCAAGGGCAUUGUGGGCGACGAAGCUUCCAAGGUCGGACAAGGUCGAGCUUUUAAGAAUGGCUGGAUUGGUAAAGAAGGCAAUGGACUUAUCAAGCUUGUGCCAGAAAUACAGGAUGCUACCCAGGUUGAGCUGCAAGAGGUGGCUUCUACCGGAUCAUUAAAGGCUGGCGAAAAAAUCCUGGCGGACCUGAGAAAGAGAAAGUUAAUUGUCCUCAAGAAAGGCCAGUGGUUCACAGUCCAUAAAGGGUCCCAGUUCAGCACCUCGACUGCCAAACCAGAGACCGAUCUUACGGCUGACAUGCUCACAUCAGGAUCCUGGAAAACCGCGACAUACAAGAAAUACAACUUUGAAGCCGAAGGUAUCCCUACGACUGGCGGCGCUCUUCACCCGCUGUUGAAAGUACGAGAAGAAAUUCGCAACAUUUUCCUAGAAAUGGGCUUCGCGGAAAUGCCCACGCAAUCUUUCGUCGAAUCUGGCUUCUGGUGUUUCGAUGCGCUCUUCGUUCCCCAACAACAUCCCGCAAGAGACUUGCAGGAUACCUUUUAUCUUUCAGAUCCAAAGCAGUCGCUUGAUCCCGAGCCAGCCUAUUAUCAGCGCGUUUCGGAAACUCACGAAUACGGAGGCUUCGGGUCUGUUGGAUACCGCGCUCCGUGGUCCCACGAAGAAUCGCGUAAACUUCUUCUGCGCACCCACACCACAGCCUCCUCAGCGCACAUGCUCUAUAAACUUGCUGCUAAAUACGACGGCUUCAAGCCUGCCAAAUUAUUUAGCAUCGAUAGGGUAUUUAGAAACGAGACGAUGGAUGCCACUCAUUUGGCAGAGUUUCAUCAAGUGGAGGGUGUUGUAGCUGACCGUGACCUGACAUUGGCCGACCUUAUUGGGUUCAUGAGAGUAUUCUUUAAAAAAAUGGGCAUUGAGAAAGUGAGGUUCAAACCAGCCUAUAACCCCUACACUGAGCCUUCUCUGGAAAUCUUCGCAUUCCACCCCAUGCUGAAUCGGUGGGUAGAAGUGGGAAAUAGUGGAAUGUUUCGCCCCGAAAUGUUGGAGCCAAUGGGAUUUCCAAAAGAUGUCCGUGUACAUGGAUGGGGUUUGAGUUUAGAGCGCCCGACGAUGAUCCGGUAUGGAAUCAACAAUAUUCGCACAUUGGUUGGACAUAAGGUGUCCAUAGAAGGCAUUGAGCGUUCCCCUGCAGUGAUGUUUUAGAGGCGAAAAUAAAUUUCCAUUG